CCCCCACAAACUCAUUAAACCACUCCUCCUCCCUCCCAUCCAACGGCAAACUAACCAACUCCCUCCCCCUCCCCGCCACACUCUCCCCACCCUCGAUCACACUCCCCACCAACCUCUCAAACAACCCCCUCCUCGUAUUCUCCGGCCACACCCUAGUAAAAUACAACGCCUCCGUCACGCUCGUCCUCGCCAACGCCCCAAACAACAGCUCCAAACUCUCGCCCGUCUUGAGCACCGGCUGGACAGUGUUAUAAUACGCCAACGGCAACGAGUAAUCAUCCUCCGUCUUCUUGGCGUGCUUGACCAGGACUGUUAUAAUAUCAUCGGCAAACUCGCUUGGCAAGGAAGGGUGGCAGAGGUAUUCCAGCGCAAACUUGAAUUCUGACCUGUCCAUAUGCCACAGCCCCCGCAUGAGGAUCUGGUAGUUGGAUGGGAGCCCCGACUCGUCGGCGAGGGAAAGGGCUAGGUUGGAGGUGCGGGGGCCGCGUUUUUCGUCAAAGUCGAGGAGGAGGUAGAAGAGGACUGAGAGGCGGGCGUGGGGGGAGAUGCCGGGGGAGGAGGUGAUGAUUUGGUUGUGGAGGGAGCGGAGGGCGGAGGAGGAGUGAGGGGGAUAGACUUUUGAUGCUGGAACAAGGAUGUUAGUAUGUGGUGGGGGAGGGAGGGGAACAAACCAUCUUUGAUACCUAGGCGGUGGAGUACUCGAUCGAUGAAGAGGACGCCGUCGAAGGAUUUGCGAAAGGUUUCGAUUUGGCGGGAAAAGGUUGGGUCGUAGGGGGAUGGGCCAUCGGUUGGGAAGGCGGCGUUGAAGUGGGUGAAGUCGAGCAUGUUCAUUUUGGCGGUGGUUAUGGGAGGUGUGAUGUUGAUGGGUUGGGUUUGGGGGAAUGUAAACAGAGGAAGGCUUCAAAAGCUUGAAGCUUCAGAAGUGACGACGUGCGACCCGACCCGAUUGAUUUAUGAGUUAGAGGAAAAAGAAGCUUGGUUUAGCUUGUCUAACGGGGUGCGGUGGAGCUGAUAACGCCGUUAAGUGGAAAAUUGUCACGGGAUAGCGUGUUUUCGAGAUGGUCAAUUCAGACGCGCGAUAAGAACGCGUUCGACCAGUCAAUCGUGGCUGGUGUCCAGUGGCUAGUGGCUUUUGGCGGGGGCAGACGUGGCUUGUGAUUUGUUUACAAUCAAUCAAUGUCAACAGACAACAACUGGGGAAAGCGGGGCCUGAGCUCUGGGAUUUGUCGCAGCGACUUUUGGACUGAAACGACUCGACAAAAACUCGACGACGACCACCAGCGCGUUUUGUGUUUCUGUUGCGUGGGAGAUCUGCCAGGCGCUUUGUCUCUUGCCUUUGCGCAGCGAUCUGUUGCGCUGUUUGUUGUUGGUUUUCUUGAUUUCUUUUGGACGUUUGUAGCACACACACCGCAAAUAUGUCGACGCGACAGUCCCGCCGGAUUGCGACCCGGCGCAACACCACCAUUGUCGAGAGUUCGGAGGACGAGCUGGGCGACGGGUCCCCAAAAGUGAAGCAGGAAGAGGAGGAGGAAUACACACCGGCACCGGUCGAGAAGAAAAGACCAGGUCGGAGGAGGACCACCACUACCGAACUUGCACCAGCUGCACCUGCCGAGACACCAGUGAGGAGACCCAGAGGACGCCCAAAGAAGAGUCUUGCGCCUGCGGUUCCCCCCCCUUCCGCACCGCCUGUUAUCGAGAGUACCGAGAAUGUAGAUCCCGACCAGUCGCUCGCCAGCGUAGCAGGUGCAUCAUCAGCUGUUGACGUCGACGAUACCUCAGUUGGGCCCCCACCAUCGACAGUGAAGAAGCCUGUCGCGGCAGCCGACGACACUGUUGGACCACCACCAUCCACAGCAAAGAAGCCCGCUGGAAGACCACGAAAGAGUGUCGCGCCCCGUACAAGCAAGACACCCACGCCGGCGCCUGAAUUGAACGCUCCCACCCAAUCUCCAAAGCCAUCUGUGUCGCCAUCAGCACAGCUCCUACGCGAUGCCACCCCGCUUACCGAUAUCACUUCUGCGACCAAUAAUGCCCCGCCGAGUUCACAACAAGACGAUACCGUGAUUGCGCCCAUCAAACCGAUCAAGCCCAUGGAUACAGUGCUCGAGAAGCCAAUGGAUAUCAUGCUGAAGUCGCGCACAAUGCAAAUCCCCGUGAUUCAAGAUACCGGCCCAAAGCCGCGCAUUGUCAUCACUUAUCUUGUGCUCACCAACUUCAAGAGUUAUGCCGGCAAGCAGGAGGUCGGGCCUUUCCAUGCUUCAUUCUCCUCGGUUGUCGGUCCCAACGGUUCGGGCAAAUCCAACGUCAUCGACUCCCUGCUGUUCGUGUUUGGUUUCAGAGCAAGCAAGAUGAGACAAGGCAAGAUCUCGGCCCUCAUUCACAACUCGGCAAAGUACCCGAAUCUGGAGUACUGCGAGGUCGCGGUACACUUCCGUGAGGUGAUGGACCUUCCUGGCGGAGGUCACGAAGUCAUCCCAGACUCAGACCUGGUCAUUUCCCGCAAGGCCUUCAGAAACAACUCCAGCGCCUACUACAUCAACGGGAAGACCUCCAACUUCACAACUGUCACAACGUUGCUCCGGGACCGCGGGGUCGAUCUCGACCACAAGCGUUUCUUGAUUCUGCAGGGUGAAGUCGAGUCUAUUGCGCAGAUGAAGGCCAAGGCUGCCAACGAGCACGAUGAUGGUCUUCUCGAGUAUCUUGAGGACAUCAUUGGCACAUCCAAGUACAAGACACCUAUUGAGGAAUCAGCCGCCGAGGUCGAGACACUCAAUGAAAUCUGCUUGGAAAAGAGCGGUCGUGUUCAACACGUUGAGAAGGAGAAGCAGAGCCUCGAGGACAAGAAGAACAAGGCUUUGGCUUUCAUUCGUGAUGAAAACGAGCUUGCCAUGAAGCAGUCCGCUUUGUACCAACUCUACAUCAGCCAAUGCGAGGAUAACCUAGCUGUCACAGAUGAAGCCAUCAGUCAGAUGCAGGAACAACUCAACGCCGAGCUCGAGAAGCACAACGGCAGCGAGCAGAUCAUCAAGCAGCUGGAGAAGGCUCACGCCAAGGGCAACAAGGAGUAUGAGGCUCAAGAAAAGGAAACUCAGGCCCUGAUCAAGGAGAUGGCCAAGUUUGAGCAGGAGCGCGUCAAGUUCGAGGAGAAGCGGAAGUUCUUGGCCGAUAAGCGUAAGAAGCUUGAGAAGACCAUUGCCAACUCUGAGAACUCGGCAGAGCAGGCCGAACAGACCAUUCAGGAAUGCGCUGAGGAUAUCGAGAGGCGUGCGGCUGAGAUCGAGAACAUCGAAAGGUGGAUCAAGGAGGAGGAGGAAGAGCUGACCAAGAUCCGCGACAGCCUCAAGGGCAAGACUCAGCACAUGUCCGAUCAGAUUGCGGCGAAGCAAAAGUCGCUUGAGCCCUGGAAGGAGAAGAUCAACCAGAAGCAAUCUGCUAUCGCCGUGGCGGAAAGUGAGUUGGCCAUCUUGGAGGAAAAGGCCAAGGCUGGUGGUGUUGCGCUUGAGGAGAUGGAGGCCAAGAUUGUGGCCAUUCAGGAACUUCAGGCGGCCAAGGCGGAAGAGUUCAAGGCGUGCCAGGCUGAGAAGGAUGCGCUCAAGAAGGAGGGCAGAAGAGUGGUUGCUGAGCUGGAGGAGCUUGCUCAGGAAGAGCCAAAGUUCCGCGCUAAGCUGUCUAACCUGCGGCAAAAGGCGGACGAGGCUCGCUCAAGCUUUUCGGCUACCAAGACGCAAGGCAAUGUCUUAACGGCGCUUAUGCGCAUGAAGGAGUCUGGUCGCAUUGACGGCUUCCACGGGCGGCUCGGCAACCUCGGUGCCAUCGACAAGAAGUACGAUGUUGCCAUCUCGACGGCUUGCGGUCAGCUUGACAACUUUGUCACGGACACUGUCGAGGCUGGUCAGCAGUGCAUCGAGCACUUGCGCAAGACCAACUUGGGUCGCGGCAACUUUAUGUGCUUGGACAAGUUGAGAGUCCGUGACUUCUCACCCAUCAAGACUCCCGAGGAUGCGCCCCGUCUGUUUGACCUGGUUCAGCCCAAGGAUGAGAAGUUCAGACCUGCUUUCUACCAUGCGCUCCAAGAUACAUUGGUUGCGGAAGAUCUUGCCCAGGCCAACCGCAUCGCCUAUGGCGCCAAGCGAUGGCGUGUUGUCACUCUGGCCGGCGAGCUGAUUGACAAAUCUGGUACCAUGUCUGGUGGUGGUACGACAGUCAAGAAGGGAUUGAUGUCGUCCAAGCUGGUGGCCGAAAUCAGCAAGGAGCAGGUGGACAAGGUGGAGGCUGAUCGCGAUGCCUUUGAGCAGAGAUUCCAAGAGUUCCAAGAUCAUCAACGUGAGCUGGAGGCUCGUCUUCGUUCCCUCAAGGAGCAGAUCCCACAGCUUGACACCAAGAUGCAGAAGAUCAACCUCGAGAUUGAGAGUUCAUCUAGGAACUUGGCGGAUGUUCAGCGCAGAAUUAAGGAACUCAGCAAGGAGCACCAGCCUUCGAAGACAGACGACAACCGGGUUGCCGUCUUGCAAAAGGAGAUUGCCAAGAUUAACAAGGAGAUUGAGAAGCUCCAUGGCGAGACUUCUAGUGUCGAGGAUGAGAUUAAAGAGCUGCAGGACAAGAUUAUGGAGGUUGGUGGUGAGAAGCUCCGGCAACAGCGCACCAAGGUGGACAACCUCAAGGAUGAGAUUCGUUCCCAAAACGAGGAGGUCUCCAGCGCCGAGGUCCGCAAGGUCAAGGCUGAGAAGCAGAAGGUCAAGCUCGAAAAGGACCACGCCAAGGCUUCCAAGGAGCUCGAGGCUGCCAAUCGGGACCUGGAGAGCCUCGAGGAGGAGAUUGAGAACCAGGGCACCAAGGCUGAGGAUUACACCACCAGAGUCGAGGAGGCCAAGGAAGCUCUUGCUGCCAAGAAGGAGGAACUUUCCACACUCAAGGCCGAACUUGACGAGAAGACCGCCGAGUUGAACGCCACCCGUGCCGUCGAAAUCGAAAUGCGCAACAAGCUCGAGGAGAACCAAAAGGUACUCAAGGAGACGCAAAGGCAGCUUGCCUACUGGGAGAAUAAGCUAUCCAAGCUCUCGCUUCAAAACAUUGAGGACCUUGAGUCCGGCCGACCUUCCCAGCCUGUGGCCCCCCAGUCCCGGCCCAAGACGCCAGGUAACGAAGACGAGGAAGAGGAUGCCGAAGGCGAACCCGAGCUCGACGCCGAGGGCGACUCCCCCAUGGGCGAUGCCACCGACUCAGACGACGAAGACCCUGCCGCCCAGCUCCAAGCCGAGGCGGAAGCCACCUUCCUCGGUUCCGGUCGCGGCCCUAAUCCUGCCUCCAACCCACUGGAGCUCCCACGCUACACCCGCGAUGAGCUCUCUGAUAUGUCAGAAAAGACACUCAAGGGCGAAAUUGCCGUUCUGGAGGAAAAGACCCAGAACGUCAAUGUUGAUCUUGGUGUCCUGGCUGAGUACAGGCGCAGAGUAGAAGAGCACGCCGCCCGCUCCCAGGACUUGGCUUCUGCCGUUGCUCAAAGGGAUGCCGCCAAGAAGAGAUGUGACGACCUCCGCCGGUUGAGGCUGGAAGGUUUCAUGGAGGGCUUCUCCACCAUCUCGCUCCGUCUCAAGGAAAUGUACCAGAUGAUCACCAUGGGCGGCAACGCCGAGCUGGAGCUGGUCGACUCCCUCGACCCCUUCUCGGAAGGUAUCCUCUUCUCGGUCAUGCCCCCCAAGAAAUCAUGGAAGAACAUCUCCAACUUGUCUGGUGGUGAGAAGACGCUUUCUUCGCUUGCGUUGGUGUUUGCGCUGCAUCAUUACAAGCCUACGCCGCUGUAUGUCAUGGACGAGAUUGAUGCCGCGUUGGACUUCAGAAACGUCUCGAUUGUGGCGAAUUACAUCAAGGAGCGCACAAAGAAUGCUCAGUUUAUUGUUAUCUCGCUGAGGAACAACAUGUUUGAGCUUGCGGCGAGGCUGGUGGGUGUUUACAAGGUUAAUCACAUGACCAAGAGUGUCACUAUUGAGAAUAAGGAGUAUGUCAAGGGGCGGCAGCAGCAGCAACAGCCGUCGCAGCAGCCGGCGCAGUCCCAGAGGGGAGGGACGGAGCAGACGACGAGGGUGUUCGGGCCGGGGAUGGCGAGGAGGGAGGAGAGCGGGAAGGAGCCGGAGCGAUUGGGGAGCAGUAGUAGUGCGAGUAGUAACUUGACUCAUCGGCCGAGGUAAAGGGUGGGGGGGGGGUGGGAUUUUGGUUGGAUUAAAUCAAGAUGGAUGGGUGGC